AUGGCCGUCGUACUCCCUUCGGAGGAGAACGACCUCUUCGCCCCGGCGGCUUUGAGGAGAUCACAUUCCCAAUCGAAAUUCAUGUCAAAAUCCGCGCAGGGUUUUCAUGCAUCGGUCCCAACGCCUAAGAUGGACGAAACAUUCCACGAGUCGUAUCAUGAAGCUUACAGCCAUAGACCUACUCAUAUCGUACCCAACUCCAGCCCGUCUUCUGCUCCAUCCUCUCCUCGCACACUCCAGCCCGAAUCUACCGAUCCAUCAUAUUCUUCCACGCCGGCCACCAACUUAUCCUUAGAUGGGCAAUGCGAAGACGACAUCCGCAUUCAGUCGGAUGACCACAUCUUUGUGCAUGAGUUUGAUCAUAACCCAUAUUUCGACCCACUCGAGGAUUUAGAACCACCCCCGAGCCCUCGAACGGGCGACUCAUAUACCGUUUCUCCUACAGAUCCUAAUACAUCGGCGACUACCUCGCGUCCAGAGUCGCCAGAUUCUUUAGAACGCGCUGAUGAUGACACGGCGGUUGAGCAUCAUCCCACUCAACAUGUCGACUACCUAUCACACGAUUGGAGAGAAGAAGACAUUUGGUCAUCUUGGCGUUAUAUAGUCUCCAAAAAAAGCGAAUAUAGCAACGGACCGCGGCUGGAGAACGCAUCUUGGAGGACAUGGAUGAAAGCCAAAUAUAAGUUAAAAACAGUGACUCCUGAGACGCUGAAUUGGCUCAAGGACUGCGACGUGACUUGGUUGUAUGGUCCUCUACAAACUCGCCAUGGGGAGCUAUUCUCGAACGAUGCGGAACAAGGAAGCUCGACGUUAUCGAGGUGCGACUCGUUUGUCAGCAAGAAGCCCAUCCUUAAGAAGAGAAGCAUGUCGGAAAUUAUGCUUCAGCGAUCUCUCUCUUCCUCCUCUCUUCUAAAGCAAGCUACGGCAGCCGUCCAGGCCCAACAAAAGGAUGCUACCGUCCGUGUUGGGCGGCCAAUAUUACACCGGGCUACAACGGAUUAUGUUACAUUUCCCUUCUCGUCUAGGAGAAGAAGCCACGAGAACACAAGCAUUCUGGCCUCGACAGCCUCUUCUGGCAUAACAUCUCCCUCCUCAGAGCGAAAACACAUCCAUUUCGACGAGCAAGUCCAGCAAUGUAUUGCAGUUAAUGUCAAGGGGGAUGACGAAGAUGAAGACGAGGUAGACCACUUCCGUUGGAGAUAUGGUGAUGACAGCGAUUCCGAUGACGGUGCAAUCAUGAUGAAGAAAACCAAGACAUCAAAGAAGCCUGUCAUUCCUCGAAGAAGAUCUCCAGUGAACACGCCCAAUGAGAGCAAGACCAUCGCCAUGUUACCUUCAACUACCUUGAAGUACCGAGAGGAUACGCCGACGCCAGAGACAGCGAUGAAACACAGUACCGGUAACUUGAGGAGUCCGAUCUUGUCACCAUCACCUUCUCAAGAGACACUCAGACCCUCUCGAGCUUCGAGCUCAUUCUUUGCAGAGGACGAUGAAGGAGGUGAGCUAUAUGAGGAGGGCGAAUCAACUCCACUAUCCAGUCCAAUAAAUGCAGCAUCUCAUUUUAAGCAGCCUAUUCCGCAACAUACAACGUCUACGAGUACUACCGCAGUUGAGCCGACUGGCAUGCGUCGGACAGAGAGUGGAAUGUUUAUGCCAUUUGAAGAGGGCGACGUUCAGCCCAAUGAUGGGAUCAUUGGUCGAGUAAUAGACACAGUCAACACUGCCCGAGAUAUUGCUCAUGUCAUCUGGAACGUCGGUUGGAGAAAAUAA